CCCAGAGGGAUUUGGGGGUUCCCAGAUUGAUUUGGGGGGUCCCAGGAGGGUCUGGGACAUCCCAGAUUUAUUUUGGGGGGUCCCAGAUUGAUUUUGGGGGGGUCUCAGAGGGGUCUGGGGCGAUCCCAGGGGGGAUCUCGUGAAGGGACCGAUUUAUUUUGGGGGUUCCCCUUUCCCCCCUCCUCCUUCCCUCCUUCCCGGGGUCGCUCCAGGCGGGAUUUUUUUGGGAAGGGGGGGGGGGAGGGAAGGUUUGGAUCCCCAUUCCCACAUUUUCUGCCUCGACAUUCCACAGGCGCCGACUCCUCUUCCCGGGCGGCACCACCCGGAAAAAAAAACCCACAAAAAAACCGGGAUUAUUCCCAAAUUUCGGCCGAUUCCCGACGGAUUCUCCCCGGGAAAAGACAGGGGGGAAAGGAAAAAAAAAAGGCCGCCAUGAUCCCGGCGAUUCCCGGCUCCUGCUGGAUCCUGGUGGGAAUCUGCGCCCUCCUCCCUCCCUCCGGCGCCCGGGAAAGGCCCAAAACCGGGAUGGAGGAGCCGGGAUCCCCCUUUUCCCGGGAUGGGGACCCUCCCCGGAAUUCCCGGCGCUGCGGGAUCACCUUCCACACCCCCAAUCCCUGCGGCCGCUCCGGGCCUUCUCCCGCUUCCCGGCGGGAGCUGGAGGAGCUCCGGGAGCUCCUGGAGGAUUCCAAGGCCUCCCUGAGAUCCUUGGAAGCGGCGGCCGCCCGGCAGGAAAACGGGAGCCGCUUCCAGGACGUGGUGGCCCGGGCGCUUCCCGCCGUCCACGAGGCCAACCUGGAAUUCCGGGAGAGCCUGGAAAACGUGCGCCGGGAGCUGGAGGAACACGCGGCCCGGGAGGAGCGUUCCCGGCUGGAGGAGAGGAAGGAGGAGCUCCGGCAGGGGGUGCGGGUGGUGGCCCACGUGCUGCUCCUGACGGGACGCCUGGCCCGGAGCCUGGAGGAGAAUUCCCAAAGGAUCCACCUGGAGCUGAGCCGGAGCCUCCGGAGCGACACCGAGGACAAUUCCCAAAGGAUCCACCCGGAGCUGAGCCGGAGCCUCCGGAGCGACACCGAGGAGAAUUCCCAAAGGAUCCACCUGGAGCUGAACCGGAGCCUCCGGAGCCUGGAGGAGAAUUCCCAAAGGAUCCACCCAGAGCUGAGCCGGAGCCUCCGGAGUGACACCGAGGAUAAUUCCCAAAGGAUCCACCCGGAGCUGAACCGGAGUCUCCGGAGCCUGGAGGAGAAUUCCCAAAGGAUCCCUGUGGAGCCGAGCUGGAACCUCCGGAGCGACACCGAGGACAAUUCCCAAAGGAUCCACCUGGAGCUGAGCCGGAACCUUCGGAGUGACACCGAGGACAAUUCCCAAAGGAUCCACCUGGAGCUGAGCCGGAGCCUCCGGAGCGACACCGAGGAUAAUUCCCAAAGGAUCCACCCGGAGCUGAACCGGAGUCUCCGGAGCCUGGAGGAGAAUUCCCAAAGGAUCCCUGUGGAGCCGAGCUGGAACCUCCGGAGCGACACCGAGGACAAUUCCCAAAGGAUCCACCUGGAGCUGAGCCGGAACCUUCGGAGUGACACCGAGGACAAUUCCCAAAGGAUCCACCUGGAGCUGAGCCGGAGCCUCCGGAGCGACAGCGAGGAUAAUUCCCAAAGGAUCCACCGGAGCUGA